AUGUUUUCGAGUCCAAACGAUCCGAAGGUGUCAAGACCACCUACUACAGCAACGUCGCGAGGUGAAAGCGACUGUCCACUACACGAAAACAAAGAGCUCAACCAUACAAAUCCUGACUCAUCUUCUGGACCAGUGGAGCAAUACAUAGAUGGGCUGCUGCUGCAUGUGAUUGUGCUUUGCCUAGCCUUGGCCAUGUUCCUCGUUUCUCUAGACACGACUAUUAUCUCAACCGCCAUUCCUCUUAUAACUGACGAGUUCAACUCUACUGCUGAUGUUGGGUGGUAUGGGGCUGCAUUUCUUCUCGGCAGUGCCGUAACUCAGGCGCCAUGGGGGAAAUUAUAUGGAUAUUUCAAUAUCAAAUGGACCUACCUCCUCAGCCUGCUCACAUUCGAGCUCGGUUCUCUGUUAUGUGCCCUCUCCCACAACUCGCCAACACUUAUUAUCGGCAGGGCCAUCGCAGGGGUAGGCGGAUCAGGUAUUGGUUCAGGGAUCUAUACUAUCAUCGGGGUUUGCGUCCCACCAAGGAGGCGUCCCAUGCUGAUUGGCAUAACCGGUUUGGCAUUCUUACUCGCUAGCUUUGCUGGUCCCGUUAUCGGUGGGGAGUUUGCUAGUCACGUAUCCUGGAGAUGGUGCUUUUGGAUUAACCUACCUAUUGGGGGGGCCACGUUUGCCGUCAUCCUCUGCUUUUUCCGCACACCCUCUGUCCCCAUGAACAAGAAAGCGUCAUGGAAAGAAAUCAUCUUCCAACUCGAUAUACUUGGCAUGGUUACAUUAACAGGUGCAUUACUUUGUUUUCUUCUCGGUCUUGAAUGGGGGAUCAGCAAGACCUGGCAUAACCCAGAUGCUAUUGGGUGUCUGCUUGGGUUUCCUCUUCUCAUGGGUCUGUUCAUCGCGAAUGAGUUCUUCUGGAAUGAUCGAGCUAUGAUUCCCCGUAGAUUACUUUUAAAACGAGAAGUGACUAUUAAUCUCGCCUUCAUUUUCCUUGUGGCGGGCGCAUUUUUCACUCUUCUGUACUAUAUGCCCAUUUAUUUCCAGGCAGUCAAGGGCAACUCAGCUGAGGAGUCGGGGAUACGCACCCUACCACUGAUCGUAUCGGCCGGCGUCAUGGCAGUAAUUGGAGCAAUAGGGCUCGGGAUUACAGGUUAUCCUACACCGUUUCUAUUAGCAGGUGGGAUACUUAUCAGCGUGGGAGCCGGCUUGCUAUACACGCUGGAUCUCCAGUCACCGCCGAGACUCUGGAUCCUGUACCAGAUUCUGGCCGGGCUCGGGAUUGGAAUUUCACUUCAGGUGCCGAUUAUCAUGAAUCAGGCCAGCGUGGAUGCCCUGGACAUGUCAACCAUGACGUCCAUGACCUUGUUCUUUAAGUGUCUGGGGGCCUCGAUCUUUAUGCAAACCGGACAGACCAUAUUUCUCGACAAGGUCAAGCGGAACUUGGAAAUGACAUCCGUUGCCGAUGUGAAUCCGAACCAGUUACUUGCAGGGGGUCUUUUGACAGGUCAAAAUCUAGAUUCAGAGUCACGUCUUGCAAUUGGAGCUGCAUAUGUUGAGGGGUUGAAAUACGUGUUUGUGCUGGUAGUAGCACUCUCGGGUCUGGCCACUCUACUUGCACUCCUUGUGGGUCGAUACAAGAUGGAUACUGCACGGCUGCGGCUGUGA